GCUAUUCUCAAGACUCAGUGUCGGCUGACUGCUUUUAGCCGAGCACACUUCCGUAAGCAGUGAGGUCCUUAUGACAAGAUCUCAGCGCGGGUGCGCCAAGUGGAGCAUGCAGACCAGAAGGGGAGUCGCAUGGUAGCAUUUGAGCUGGAUCUUGCUCAUUUUCAUGACAAGUCCAUCUCGUAUGCGUGUAUCCCUGCGAUCUUGAUUCGUACACCGCUAAAGACCCGGCGACAUCCGGCGUUACCGUCACGUUCGAUUAUCUGCUGCUCAAGAGAUUCACUAGCAAGAGAAGAAGUUGUGUUAUUUAUACACAAUUGUACCUCGGUGAUCUAGGCGAGCGAGAUCUCCGAUCCCACGGGAACAAUCCUUUAUCUUAGGGCGCUCGACGACUUACCCAGGCUGUCUUUUACGGAGCAUCCAUCGACUCCCCAAGAUCUUGCCACUAGCCCUCGGAAAUUCCUGGGUGACGCUGAACGCCUGAACAGCGUCCUUCGGGGGACACAUUAGCUUGGAAUCUAGCCUCUUCGUGGUGUCAUGUCUCGUAGAGGACUGUCGGGACAUAAUACCGCACGACAAAUUCAUUCGUAUGCUCCCAUCGAUCGAUGUCCUCCAGAGAUUCUCCUGAAAAUAUUGGAAUACGACGACGACCCAACCUUUUACGUUCACCGGAUUUGCAGGCGCUGGGAUGAAAUCAUCGAAGGGCAAUCCCGAUUUUGGACGGACAUCACCGUCACUUCCGACUAUCGGGAGAUGCACCGGGAACUCCCUCGCCUCCUCCGACUUUCUGGUUCCCAGCUGCUCAACAUAUACUUACUGCUCGAUCCUCCAGCCCACGAGAGGAAAGAUGGUGACGAAGAUACGUCCCCCAACAUCCAUCCCGGAAUGGAACUGCUGAAGCAGCACUCCCAUCGCUGGUCGACUCUACGUAUUGUGGCCCAUUUGGUAAACCAAACGGAGGUCGUCGCUCGUUGCCUCCAGAACGUCCAGGCCCCGAAUCUCAGGACGUUGUUAUUGGUGGAUUACGAACGGAAGUAUUAUCCGGACUCGACGUGGUCCAUCCUCAAACCGCGCGGCGAACGCGUCAUGACCUUCGGUGGUGCACCUUUACCCAACCUGGCCGUGUUGCGUUUGGAUCAGUGCUUCGCGCGGUGCUGCAGCGUGUCGAUGGUUGGGCUCACGACACUUCACUUGGGCAUCCCAGUGGGCACCUUGUACGAACCCGCCAUGCAGAGCAUCUGCGCCGUUUUUCAGAGUUCGCCAAACCUCCGAUGCUUGGGCCUUGGACUGCGCGGCGUCGAACCAUCGGAUCAGCCCAUGCACGACCCCGUGUCUAUCACCGUGCCCUCUCUUCUCUACCUGAAUAUCGAUGUGGCUGACGAGGAGAUGGUCUGCGCCAUCCUGUGGACGUUCGUUUUCCCGGCAUUGAAGACGCUCCAUAUCUGUGAUCACUAUGAUCAGCGUCAGCCAAUGGGCCUCCGCGACGGCAAUAAUGCGUCGUCCAUUCAGGGGAUCAUAGAGCGGUAUGAAGACGACAAUUUGUCCCAUCCAUACCAUCUCUUGCAGCAUCUUACCAUGAAGUGUGUCACCUACGAGACUUUCUUCCCAAUACUGGAGCUCUUCUGGGGUCUCCGUUUCCUGACGGUAUGCGGUAACUAUAAUAUGGAAGAAUGGAUCACCGCAUUGGACAUGGACGAGGAGGUCGGUUUUUGGUGCCCAAAACUGGAAGUGCUCACCUGGUAUACAUACGCCGCCGACGAGGAGAUGCAGGACCUCUUCUUGCAGAUGGUCGUCAACAGGGUGGACCACGGUUGCCUGAGAGAGGUCCGGCUUCUCACGGGCCAUCAUCAAUUCGGGGGUUUUGACGAGGAGACAGUGGAGGCGUUACAAGCCAUGGAGGGACUUGAGGUGACCUAUGUUAAGAUGUACGCCUACGAACCCGAGGGCGACGAUGCCAAGUUGUGCGAGAAGUUGGCGGACCUCUACGCUACGAACGCCGACUUCGAUGAUUGGGCGUGGCAUGAGUGGGAUCAUUCCUGGUGA